AACACUUUAAUUAACACAUAUUUUAUCUAAUCAAUAAUCUUUUCAAGAAGUCAUCGUAUUUUUUAGCGUGUAGAGUUCAUAGUAACCGGUAUAUAAGAUGAAAAUAAUCAGCCUACAGUUACCAUUUGUUUUGCAGACCGAACUUAAGAUGAAGUUCGCAACUGUUGUAUUGGCUUUGGCCGCGUGCUUCGCAUUCUCAUUAGCAGAAACUACUCCAAGCACUACUGAUGUAAAAUAUUUUGUGGACAAUGCUACUUUGCCGGAAAGAUUACCGGAACUCAUGCGCGGCAAAUUCAGCGACGAAGAUAUUGAAAAAGCCGUAAUUCAAGCUUUUGUAAACCAAUACGAAGUAGUGUCCGAGUAUAAUGGCCACGUAUACGAUCCGGCUUUUCCAUAUGGAUACUUAAAAGAUGAUGUCCGCGUACCCAAAACCCGAGCAUCCGGACCCUUGUCCGAUUUGAUUUUCGAAGGUAACACUGUCAAGGGAUUGAGCAACUACUUGAAUAGUUCACUCGUCAUUAGAUGGUAUCAAGAUCAGAUCUACCAGGAAGUGAAUUGGAAUGAGUUACAAAUCAAAGGCCAAUACCAGUACUUGACACCCGAUAAAUACGACAAGGGCAAAUACGCAAUAUCCGUCAAUGGAGUCAAGUAUCAAGUUAUCUCCCCACUGUCCUCUAAUACCGAACUGUAUCCAGUUUCUGCACCGAAAUCAGCUAUAUCUUACGAAGGAGUCAGAGCGUCUUUCACCGGACCCGAAGGAUUCAAAGAUGUUUUUAAUGUAAACGAUUCUCCAAAUGUAAAAUACUUCUUAGAAGAUGUCGUUUUCCAGAAAAUCGCUAACCAGGUCUUACAGGACAUGCAAAGCAAUAUAACAUCAGCUAUCCGAUAUGCAGCUAAACCAUACAUCAAUUUUAAAAACCACUCCGAUCCCCAUUUCCCAGCAGCCAGCGGACAGUUGAAAAAUGGGCCAAUCUUUAAUAUUUCCAAAGCUUUCACCAGCGGCUUGAACAACACUCUACAAAAAUUAAAAAGCCUGAAAGUAAACAUGGAUUCUAACUCAGUGACAGUCCAGACCACCGUCUCCGUUCACAAACUUUUCGGCACAUUUAACCUGGUCGUCGAUGAACCGCAAAAACACGAAUCUGAAGCACAGUUCAACUUCGAAAACAUGGAAUUGAUCAGUAAUUACGAUCUCGUCAGACCCGACCAACACUGUGAAACUCGUGUAGAGAUUUACAAUAAAUCCGUAACGUCAUCGUAUCAGCUAGGAAACAGCGAAUUAAAUGCUCAAGCCAAUCAACAGUUUGCUGAUGCAUUUGCUGAUGAGAUUAUAUCUCACAUUUCCACAGGAUUCUGUAAAUUUAUCGUUAAGUACACGACUACUGUACCGGCACAAUAACAACAUCAGCCUUGCCGCUUUAUUAAGAUCUAAAAAGAUGCUAUAGCCUAGUUCUUGUUAUUUUGAAAAUAUUUUUGUUAGUAUUUUAACUUUUUUUAGAUUAUUAUAAAUUUUCCUGUCGAUUAGUUUUAGAUAAAUGUGAUUAAAUAGAUUAUUUUGAAUUUAAUAAGAUAAUUUAAUACA